AACCUAACAAGACAGAAUAAUCUAUCUGUAUUCUCAAAAUACCGGCUGAAGUUUCAGAGAGUCCACCAGACCAAAUUAUGACGGCUGAAGUGUAUAGACGCUGGAAAUGGACAUUUGCACUGCUGCUGCUAUUAGGGGUUGCAUCAUUAGUUUUAAUGUUUUAUCAUACAGGUGGCCUACUGAAUGUAUUAGCCCCCCCAAGGCUGGAGAGCAAGUUAUUGUUACAUCGUCAGUGUCGCUACCUAUUGGCAACGCCAGUUUGGUGCCAUCUUCAGCAAAGGAGAAAGUGAACGCAAGUCGCAAUUUGGGGAAUAAGACGCAACCCCUCAAGUCAUCUAAGGGGGAAAUCACACACCUCGAGAAUCAAGGUACUCUUUUCCGUUUUACACGCAUUUUGCCAACUGCCAUGCCAACAGUUUAUGAAUCAGUAUCACCUGUAUCAACAUUCAUGAAAAUGGAUUCGUUAACAACACCACAUCAACAAUUACUCCCCAAUCAAAAUACAUCUUCAGACCUUCUCAUGGUGUGGUCGCACUACACCGCAAUCCCACAACCUUUAAUGGAUAAAAUAGACACGUUUUUCAAGUUAAAUUCGGAAAGAAAUAUAGUAUUUGUGUGUGGCAGUAAUGAAUGUAUGGAUCAAAUAGACGAAAAGUUACGGGAACACGCGAGAAUACUACGGUUACGGUUGCCUGCGCUAGCAAAGGGUAGUCCUUUAGAUGAUUUCGUUUCCAAAUCUGCAAUUCUCAAAUUGCUCAUGGGCCGUAAAUUUCAAGUGCUCAUGCAUGAAGUAAGUGUUUUACUAUCACUGUGGACAUUUGGUGGGCUGUACAUAGAUAUACAGUCAAUAAAGACGUCAAAAGUACCAGCUGAAUAUUUCAAGGAUGAAUGGAUGGGUAAUAAAAGUAUAUUUUCGAUAUCCAGAUUUGAGCGACGCUCUCAGGUCAUCAAAAAUGCCAUGGGUGUAAUUCAGUCGGCUUACAGCAGUCACAAUAGAAGUCAAAUCCUAAAAUGGGACUCUGAUUCAAUUUUGUGGAGUUCAAAGGUUUUGAACUACUUAAAGAAAAGGAAAAUUGAAGUGGACCUUAGGAAACCUGUAAUAAAGUCUUUGCAAGGUGGCCAUUAUGGGGUAUUAACUCAUGACAAUCAAACAAAAGUUAUCAACAACGGGGAUGAGAUUCAGACAUUAGCAGCGCUACAAUUUCUUCCUUUUGUCGACCGAUUUGUGGACCGUGACACGUGGGACAUCACGUGCAUAGACACACAUAAGCAGACGGACAAUGUUGACAUAUUUGUAAAUGUGACGGAAAACACUAGAAAGAGAAAGCAUGAUAACGAGACAAUAACGAUAUUUCUAAACGCAUGGUAUAACGCCGGUGACAUUAUAUGGCCCCCAAAAAGUAAUCUGAAUCCUUUAAUACUAUCAGUGUAUUUUGGACCAAAUUCCUGGAAGAAGCUAUUUACUGAACCAGGCAAAAAUUAUCUAAAAGAACAUGGUCCUGUAGGAGCUCGCGAUCAGAGCACAUUUCAAGUUUUACGAGAUAAGAAUAUUCCAGUGUAUAUGUCGGCCUGUUUGACACUUUUGAUUCAUAAUGGCAAUUCAGACUUAAAAAGAGAGGAUGUACUUGUCGUUGACGUGGAUCGGCGAGCUGUAGAAUUAAUUGUUCCUUAUCACAUACGAAAAUCGGCAAUUACUGCCAUUCAUAACUUGCCCAGUUCGAUGAAAUUUGACAUAAUAGCGCGCUAUGAAGCAGCAAACCAUUUAAUGGAACAAUAUUCACGCGCGAAACUGGUUUUGACGUCACGCAUCCAUUUUGCACUUCCAUGCCUUGCCAUGGAAAUUCCAGUGGUUUUUGUAAAAACGGCGCUUUCACCUAAAGGAGAAAGGGAUCGAACAGACGGUUUAACAGAACUUUUUCAUACGGUUACCGUGGACAAAAUGAUGACGUCAUACAAAGGGAUGGAAAACUUCAAUUGGGACAAACCAGAAAUUAAUCCAAAUCGGGAAAUAAGCAUGCGGUUUCGCGACUCUAUGUGGCAGGAGAUACAAAAAUUCCCAGCGUUGCGAGAAACGGCGAUUACAUUUGGGAGAGUACCUUUGAAAACAGGCAGUAGAUUUAACCCUAAUAAGCGCCCAGUGUUAACCUUCUUUCAGGUUUACACAACGAAUGAAGUGACACGGUGGAAUCGACGUUCACUCGAGAGUAUUUUUUACCACCAUCCCAAUGCAAAAGUGCGCAUUUUAAGCAACGCACUGUCACAAGCAAAGGUUUCUGCCUUCAAUAAAGCAGGCUUCCAUGUACAGGUCAGAAACUAUACUCUGAGAGGCUUACUAAAGCGAAUACAAAAUUUGGAGCCUCGAACUUUUACAAAUCCCUCAGAGGUGUUUUUGAAAAGAUUACCAGUUAUUUCCAAGGGAUCAUUUUGGUUUAGCCACGAAACUGAUUUGAUUAGGAUAAUAAUGCUGUAUCUAUAUGGUGGCGUUUAUAUGGACACUGACGUUAUUUUAGUAAAAAGUUUACAGAAUUUGUAUAAUGUAACUGCAUGGGAAAACAAAGACCAUUCGGCGCUAAAUGGAGCUGUUCUCAAGUUUGAUAAGCACAAUCCUUUCCUCCGUGAGUGCAUAAAAGAAUUCUUAGAUAACUAUCAGCAGAAUGUCUGGGGAGCGAAUGGACCAUUGCUCCUCACUCGCAUGGCGAAAAAAUAUCCCACGUGGAUAUGUAAUGUUAGCCGCGCCGAAGACGCACAAAAAGAAAAGUCCUGCAUAGUUAGAUGCUUAUAUCGGCAAUCAUUUUACCCAAUACAGUUUCGUGAAUUAAAAACAAAGUGUUUCAUUGAAAACGGCACGUUUGAUAUGCAGCGUGCCUUGCUUUCAGAAGCUUUUGCUGUGCAUUUGUUUCAUCAAUUUACAAAGAGUUAUACAAAGACCACAAAGCCUGGAACGCUGUGUCGGUACCUACUUAACAAUUUUUGUAUUUUCUGCAGUGAUUUAGUUUAACUAGUUAUAUUGCAUGUACCCGAUAAAAGACCGAGGAGGAGCUGCGUAGCUGUCCAUCGGUACUCCUUUAGCGAUGGUUAAGGCCACGGAAGACUGGUCUAGUGAUGCGGUAUUCCAACACAUGAAGCCUUCGGCAGAUAUGAAAUGUGAUGUAGUGUUGAAAGCGAUGUUGAGAGUUUGAACAAAAACGUAAAUUCGACGUCCUUGUUUGAACUAGUGUUUAUAUUGUUAUGACACGUAAAUGCGCUGAAAAACAGUAACAUCAGGCCUACCCAACUACCAGGCA